AUGGCUCCAGUGCCUCUGUGCAUUAUCCGCUGUGACGAGGAUGAGACUCAUACUGCUUCCAUGUACUGCACUGUUUGUGCCACACACCUGUGUGCCGAGUGCUCCCAGCUCACUCACUCCACCCGAACAUUGGCCAAACACCGGCGUGUGCCACUGGCAGACAAGCCCCAUGAGAAGAUGCUCUGUCCACAGCACCAGGUGCACGCCAUUGAGUUUGUCUGCCUGGAAGACGGCUGCCAGCCGGGGCCGCUCAUGUGCUGCGUGUGCAAGGAGUACGGGAAGCAUCAAGGACAUAAGCACACUAUACUGGAGGCUGAAGCCAACCAGAUCCGAGCGUCCAUCCUGGAUAUGGCACACUGCAUCCGUACAUUCACAGAGGAAGUGUCAGAUUACUCCAGGAAACUAGUGGGCAUCGUGCAGCAGAUUGAAGGAGGAGAGCAGAUCGUGGAGGACAGCAUGGGCAUGGCUCACACUGAACAUGUUCCAGGAACAGCAGAAAGCGCCCGGUCUUGUGUGCGUGCCUAUUUUGCGGAUCUACACGAGACGCUGUGCCGUCAGGAGGAGAUGGCUCUGAGCGUGGUGGACGCACACGUCCGAGAGAGGCUGAUCUGGCUUCGACAGCAGCAGGAGGACAUGACCAUACUGCUGUCACAGGUGUCCACUGCCUGUCUGCACUGCGAGAAAACACUGCAGCAGGAUGAUUGCAGGGUCAUUUUGGCAAAACAGGAGAUCAACCGACUACUAGAGACACUACAAAAACAACAGCAGCAGUUUACAGAGCUGGCAGACCACAUUCAACUGGAUGCAGGCAUACCUGUUACUUUCACUAAGGACACACACACGCAUAUAUAUAUAUAUAUAUAUAUAUAUAUAUAUAUAUAUAUAUAUAUAUACAGUGGGGGAAAAUUUUUUUUUUUUUUUUUUAAGAUAAUCAGAGGUUUUCUUUCUGUUUUAGGUUUUAAUGUAGAAACUGUUGAAUACAAAAACCUGAAAUUCACCAUUUGGGAUGUGGGUGGCAAGCAUAAACUCCGUCCACUAUGGAAACACUACUAUCUGAACACACAAGCGGUGGUGUUUGUGAUUGACAGCUGUCACAGAGACCGGCUGAUGGAGUCUCACAGUGAACUGGCCAAACUGCUGACAGAGAAAGAGCUCAGAGAUGCUCUGCUGCUCAUCUUCGCCAACAAACAGGAAGUUCCCGGUGCUGUGUCUGUGGAGGAGAUGACGGAGCUCCUGAGCUUACACAAACUGUGCUGCGGCCGCAGCUGGCACAUCCAGGGCUGUGACGCCCGCAGCGGCAUGGGUCUACACGAGGGGUUAGACUGGCUCUCACGCCAGCUGGUGGCUGCAGGAGUUCUGGAUGUGGCCUGAGGGAUGCUUAACCACACUUAAUAGACUUAUGACUUAAAACUCAAGCUGGUCCAUGCCAUUUGUACAGUCACCCUGCUCAUGUUUACCCACAGUACCACGUCAUACCAUCAUUCAUUAGUAGACUCGCUGCUGUGUGUGUUCGUGGCUCAUUGGUGUACAUAAGUGGAGCUCAUAUUGGAGUGAUUUAAGCGAGGACUCCAGGUUAAAUACAAGGCAACAUGCAGUGGCAGAUGUUGUUGCUUUGGUUGCCCCAUAGACCUCCAUUGUACAUGCUUUACUGUAAAAAUUGCUUGGGUCCCUGUCAGAGAGUGGUAAUCAAAACAUUCACAGAUGCUGUUCAUAAAUGUAUAUUUAACCUGGACUGUUGGUUUAAAAACAAGUUGAUGAACAUUACUAAUUAAACUUACUGUCCCUUUUGUCAAAACAGUCAAAUUUGCUGAAAAUGUACUCACCCUCAGGCCAUGCAAGAUGUGGAUGAGUUUGUUUUUUCAUGGGAA